GGACCCGGAAGUGGAAAGGGCUCAAGAUGGCGGCGGCCAGGAGCCGGGCGGCCGCCGCCGCGGCCUUAGCGCUGGAGGUGGCGGCGGCCCCGCCGCGGGACGUGGUUCUGUUCCGGCACGACCGGGACCGGUUCUUCCGCCUGGUCGGGCUCUUCUGCGCGGGGCAGGCGCUCUUCUGGGGCUACCUGGCGCAUUUCGCCUUCACGGCUCUGCGGCCCGCGCCCGGCCCCGCGCCGGGCCCCGAGGAUCCCUUCCGGCCCCGCGAUAACAAAUGGCGCUUCGGCUUCACCGCGUCCUGCCUCACCCUCGGCUCCGUGAUCGUGGCAGCCGGGUGCCUGUUCCCGUUGCGCGCCGUGCGCAGGGUGACGCUGCUGCGGGGCGGCACCGAGGUGUCCAUCAGCACCCACGGGCCGCUGGGGCUGGGGCAAGGCCCCACCAUCACCGUGCCCCUGCGCCACGUGUGCUGCCGCUCCCACCGCUCUGAGGUGCCGGCCGCCAUCCCCCUCAAGGUCAAGGGACGCCCCUUCUUCUUCCUGCUGGACAAGGAGGGGCAGGUCUGCAACCCCCGGCUCUUCGAUGUCACCGUCGGCGCUUACCGCAACCUCUAGGCCAUGGAAACGCUGGCUCCGAAUAAAGCUCCAUCCACCACG